AUGGCUCACAAAUUCAGAGUCUUCACUAUGAAUAAGCCAUUAGAUAAUGAGUGUGGCAAACCUGUGCCUAGCACACAAUUUGAGGCAGCUAAACAAAUCUUGUUACAGUUAAAAAGUGAAUGUCAGUGCCAGAAAUAUAGAUUAUCGUACAUCUCUCUCAAUGGUGAUGUGAAUCAGAGAAGCUGCUCACCAACAGCUUUGAAGUCACCUUUAGGGCAAGGAUCUGUGGACAUGGGACAAGGCCUGAGCACGUUCCUACGUUGCAAGUACCGCCCACGAGCGUCUCGCAUUGGCCCGCGCGGAGGGGCGGGGCGCCGCUCGAAGCGGGGGCGCCAAGGUGGUGCCAUGGCGGCCGUGCUGGGGCGGGUGGCGGAGCUGCCCGCGCUGCUCGCUCUGUGCCGCUCGGCGCUGGUGCGGCACUGGGACGCCCCGGCCCUGGACAGGGCUCUCGAGUGGGCCCGCUACUUCCAGCACGUCCACGACCGGUUCCGUGCGCGGCCCCAGCUCCGGGAGGCCCUCGGGCGGCGGCUGCGCCGGGCUCAGCCGUGCUCACCUCCGCUCGGCUUCUCCGCCCUGGGCCGCUGCCCGGAGCUGCUGGGGCUGGCGCUGCUGGAGAACCGCGCUCUGCCGCCCGCCGCCUGCCGCCGCCUGCUCCGCCGCCUGCUGCUGCCGCCCGGCGCGGGGACCGGCCCCGAGCCCCGCGGGCUGGCGCUGCUCGCCCGCCGCAAGGCCGCCGCCCGCCUGCUGGCGCUGCCCCGCCGGCCCGGGGGCACCGAGCCGCGGGUGCGGGCGGAGGCGCAGCUGCUGCUGGGCCGGCUGCGGGAGGAGGAGGCGCAGGAGGGCGCGGGGGCCGCGGGGCGGGCGCGGGGGCUGUGCGGGGUCCUGGAGCGGCUCCCCCCGCCCCGCGCCUUCGCCGUGGUGGCGGCGGCGCUGGCCCUGCUCGGGCACGGAGACGGGGAUCGGGAUGGGAGCGGCCCGGACGGAAACCGGGCGAGUGCAGCAGGAGAUGGAUGCGUUGCCGGGCUGCUGCUUUCCUGGCUGCUGGGGAACCGGGAGCGAUUCUCUGCCUUCUGCCUUUGCCUCCCAGGUUCCCUUCUUGCUUCCCUAGCUGGUCACUAUUCCCAGUUAAGCAGAUCUUAUUUGGACCUCUUAACCGGCUGGGGAAGCCACUUGCACUAUGACCCCUUGCAGGGGCGGUGGGUUAAAAGUUGCCCUGAGAAAGCUGAAUUGCCCUGGGAGGAGCUGAGGGAGCGCUUCAGCUGCCUCUGUCAGGGAUCUGCACUGCUUAGAGAACAGACCCAAGCCGCUCUGAAACUCCUGAAGACACGAGAUGGAGACUUCAAAGUCCGUGGCCUAAGUGUGUGGACUGACUUACUGAUGGAAGUAGAGGAAUGAAGUAGGGUCCUAAUGCAUGAACACAAAAGCAACAUGAAAACUUGUGAAGUCAAGCAAAUCUGGUUAACCCUAUUUGGUAUGAAAGGCAACACAACUGUACCUCACUUUAGGUUGAAAACCAGCCUGUGACUGCUGAUCACACUGAUUCUGACUGCAUCUGAAGUCUUUCAGGGAGGCCUGGUGCUUUCUUGUAACUGCACUGUCAUGUCUGGUCACCACAGGAAACACUGUCCUUCUCAGUACUUGCUGAUUAAUUGCCUAAUAAAAUGAAGAAAAUAAUUUGUCUUUUGAGUAUGGAGUAGUUUUCUGUUUAGAAAAUGUUAUAGCUCAGGUAUGGUCAUGGUAGUCAUUUCUCUGAAUGCUGGAGACUGACCAAAAGCUCAAAGGGAGGGUGGAGUUUCAAAUGUGAAACCCCUCAGAUUCAUCGUUCAUUUAGUAGUGGUUGCCUUCGUUGGGCUGUCAGCUCUGGUGGCCACUCUCAUGCUUUUAUAGCUCUUGCACGUGACUUAGCCCCUGGGUCUAAGUGAAGAAAGUGAGAGGAAGCCAACUGGAAAGCUUCUUGAAAAGUUCUAAAAUUAGAGAGUUUUAUUAGUUGUGUGUUAUUCAACAAUAUGCAAGUAUUUCCUAAGAAAAUGGCAGUAAAAUGUAGGGUGUUCUGUAUGGUUUUCUUGCCUUUUCUGUAGUCAGUUAAAUGAUUCAUUAUUUUGUGAAGCAGAAAAGUGAGUGAACAACAGACUUUUUUAUUAUAUAUGUAUAUAAUAUGUAUUUUA